UAGAUGGAAAAAGAAAACUUAAUAUAUUAAAAAAAUUAAAAAGAUUAUGAAUAGGAAGAACUAAAUGAAUUAAAUUAAAGUAUAAAAUAAUGUUGUAUAGAAUAAAAUGAUUAAAUAAAAAAUGAUAUAAAAAAAUAAUAAAAAUUUAAAGAUAUGAGUCCUGCUUAGUUAUUAUUUGAAGUUGAAGAAGAUUUGAAAAAAAAAUCUAUAAGCUUCAAAGAAUAAGAGAAAUUAGAAUAAUAAAAAAAAGAAGCAUUAAUUGAAUAAUAUAAAGAAUUAAAAAAUAAAAAAAUAGAAUAAGAUAAAAUUGUAAAGUAGAUAGAAUAAAGUCUAAUUCCAUUAUAAAAAUAAAUUAAUGAUAUUGAAACUUUGAAUUAAACAUAAAUAAAAGAAAUAUAAAUUUAAUUUGUUGAACUUGAACAUAAUUUAAUAAUUUAAGAAUAAUAACUAAAAGAUUAAUUUUAAAAAUAUAAUAACAUUAACCAAUAAAGCUCAUCUUAAAUUAGUUCUUUAGAAUAAGAUUAAGAGCAUAUUGAAAAUUAAUUUAUUUCAUAAUAAAAAGAUGACGAUGACAAUUAUUAUGAUUAAGAAUUUGAAGAUUAUGAUCUAAAUAAUAAUGAAUAAAAUAGUGGUUUUUAAAAAAUUGAUAAUAAUAAUAUUAUACAAACAUCAGCUAAUUAUGUUUUAGAUAAUUCAGGUUAAAAUGAAGUUGGUUUUGAAGGAAAUAUAAACAAUCUUAAUAAUUUUUAAAUCGAACAAGAAAAAAAAUAAAAUUAAAACGACAAUAAAGAUAAAAAAAUACAUAGAAGUAAAGAAUCUAAAUUAGCUUAAAAAAAGAACGCAAUAUAAUAAAACCUAUAAGAAAUUCAACUUUAAAUUUCAAAUUUAGACAAAGACCUAUAAGAAAAAAUUUAAAAUAUAAAAUUAAAUAACCAAUAUGAUUAUUUAAAGCAAGAACUAGACGAAAAAUAAAAAGAAUAUGAAAAACAAAAAACUAUUUAUAACUAAUAUGUCCGAGAGUUAUCCAAUAUUCUUAAUUAAUAAGAAGAAAUCAUGAAAUCUUUUGAAUAAAUUUAAUCGGAUUUUCAAAUUUACGAAUAAGACACCAAAUAUUAUGUAGAACUAUACAAGAAACAAGAAUAAAAAGUAUCCAAACAUGCCGACGACUAAUUAAAAGCCAUGGAUAAUAUAAUAAAUUUAGAAAACCAAAUAAAAGAUAUAAAAGAUUAAAUUGAAACACUAAAAAAGAAAGAAGAAGAGCUCCAAAAGAAAAAAGACUUGCAAAAAAACUAAUAAAACCAAGCCACAACUAAAGAUAAUAAAAACAUGAAGCAAGAUGAUAAAAAAAAAGACUCAAAUACAAUAUAUUCUUUAUUUGUUAUAGCCAUGAAUUUUAUAAGGGGCUCUUUUAGUGAUAUACCACCUGAUUUAAUAGGUGAUUUUGGUUAAUUUUUAUAGUAAUUUUUAUUGAAAAACGUAAAAAUGAAUGAUAAAGUAAAAUAAGGUUUAAUGUUUUUUAGUUAAUUAAUAUAAGGUUAAUUAAAUGGAGAGAAUUCUAAGAAAUUAAAUAGUAUAAAAAAGGAGAAGAUAUACAUAGUCCAGUCUUUAUUUUAACUCCUUGAAUUUUUAAUAAAUAACAACGAGAAUAAAAUAAGAAACUUGUAAAAAAACGGUACUUAAGUAUACGGUUUUGACGAAAACAUAACCUGUUCUUUAAAAGCUUUAUUUAUUUCGAGAUUCCAAGGCUUUAUUUCAACCGAAGAAAUCCAAGAAUAACUCUAUAACAGUGACAUAUUCCUUUAGAUAUCUAAAAAAAUGAAAGUAUCUUAAAAAAUACUACUUGGUAUAAUUAACAUAAUAACCCAAAGAAAUAAAACAGGUAUCUAAAAUAUUCUUGAAAUCUACAAAUU